GCUGUCGUUGAGUUAGCCAGAUAUGGAUGCGAAUUCGAAAGGACGGGAGUGUGGAUCGGGCUCGGAUGCAGUACGGGAGUCAUAAGCAGCACUGCAUUAAUCACUUUGUGUGGCGGGCUCGUCUCCUCCAUAAAUCGUAGGAAAUUAACUCUUAGGUCUUUAGCGUGAUGGUAGAUUUCUCUGCACGCUGCAGUAUGAAGGGCGCUAUACUUAUUCACAAGAUACCGAUGUAAAUCAAAACGUGACAUUUAUGUUAUGCCAUGCAGAAGAGAGCACCUACAUGUCAGUUUUACGGUAGCUCUUAGUAUCCGCGAGAAGAAAAGAGGAAGAAGACGGACAUAGAAAGCAGCACGUUCUGAUCGCUGUUCCUCCGGUGUUGGCCGGGAGCAUUUGCAGGCGAGAUGGAAACUAUCCUGCGGCUUGCGACUGCGGAGCCGGCUGAUGUGACGGCGCCCCCAAGCAGCCCUCGACGAGAGUGACUGAGAUGCCGUGUCAGGGUUGAGUGCGAGCAGCGACUGACCGGCAGUGCGCGGGACCCCCCUGAAUGAGCCUGCGUACGCCACCGGACCGGACCUGCUUUGAAGAGGAAUAAGGACUCAGUAGGAUGUCAACUGAGGCGGAGCUUCAGCCGGCUGCCAGACCCAGCGUGAGGAAGGAAACCAGGAAGAGAGGUCAGGAUCGCAGCGAAGCCGGGCUGAUUAAACGCUUCAAGGGGGAUGGAGUGCGUUACAAAGCCAAGCUGAUCGGCAUUGAUGAGGUCACGGCCGCGAGGGGGGACAAGCUGUGCCAAGACUCCAUGAUGAAGAUGAAGGGAAUCGCUGCUGCCGCCCGCUCAAAAGGAGAACAUAAGCAGAAAGUCUUCUUGACCGUUUCCUUCGGUGGGAUCAAGAUUUUCGAUGAGAAGUCGGGGGUCCUACAGCAUCACCACGCAGUCCACGAGAUCUCCUACAUCGCCAAGGACAUCACUGACCAUCGCGCCUUCGGCUACGUCUGCGGCAAGGAGGGGAACCACCGAUUCGUGGCCAUCAAGACAGCUCAAUCUGCCGAGCCGGUGAUCCUGGACCUGCGCGACCUCUUUCAGCUCAUCUACGAGAUUAAACAGCGGGAAGAGCUCGAGAAGAAGGCACAGAAGGACAAGCAGUGCGAGCAGGCUGUCUACCAGACGAUUCUGGAGGACGACGUGGAGGACCCCGUUUACCAGUACAUUGUGUUUGAGGCUGGACAUGAGCUGAUCCGUGACCCCCAGUCAGAAGAAAGCAUUUAUCAGGUACCUACGAGUCAGCAGAAGGAGGGGGUCUAUGAUGUUCCCAAACGGCAUCCAAAUAUCAACCAGCUGGAGCUGUUUGGGGACAUGUCCACCCCCCCGGACAUCACCUCUCCCUCCACGCCUGCUUCUCCGGCCAACACCUUGGACCCCUCCCUGACCCACCAACCCCCGUCGGAGCUCUUUGCCCCCUUCAGCCCUGCAUCUGUGCCCUCAGGUUACGUCACCAUGGGAGCCGUCCAGCCUGCCCACUGGGGCCAGCAGCCAUUUGCGGCCCAGGGCCCGCUAGCGUUCGGCAUGCAGCCCCCUGUGCCAGUGGCUCAGGUCAUCCCCGGGACCCAGCCCGUGAUCUGGGGCCAGCCCACCCUAUUCCCUGGCACCCAGCAGCAAUGGGCCACCAUGGCGGGAGCCUUUCCCCCUGCUGCCUUCAUGCCAACGCAAACUGUGGGCCCGUUGCCGGCAGCCAUGUUCCAGACGCUGGCGCCGGUGCCGGCCAUGCCACCGUCCUGCGAGCCCCCAACAGCCGCCGCCGCCGGUGCCUCGAGCCCCCCGCAUGCCGACCGCUCCCAGCAGAAGGUCGGCAAGGAGAUGUUCAAAGACUUCCAGGCGGCAAAGCUGCCGACGGUGGCGGGGGGGCGCAGGGGCGAGCAAGCCAGCCUGGCGAGUGGCACCGAUGCCCUGAGCAGCUACUUCGGGCGCAUGGGCGUGGGCCAGGACGCCGACGACUGCGACGACUUCGACAUCUCUCAGAUGAACCUGACGCCGGUCACGUCCACAACGCCCUCCACCAAUUCCCCCCCUACUCCGGCCCCUCGGCAGAGCUCCCCCUCCAAAUCAUCAGCCUCGCAUGCCAGCGACCCCCCCACCGAUGACUCCUUCGGCGAGGCCGAGGGCAGUCCAAGCCGGAGCGGAGAGGAGGACGCUGCCGGGGGAUCUCAGUCCCCCUCCACGAGCGAACCCCUGGCAGAACCCCCCUCAGAGCCUUCAGCAGACCCCCCCGCCAAGCAGCCCGAUCCACAGGGAAAGGAUCCCCUUUAUGCCCAGAUAAGCAAAGGGAAGAAGCAGGAAUGCUGAGGAACUUUAUUGGCCCCUGGCUGUGUGCACGGGGCUGACAGGGGGACUCGGGACUGACACAGCGGGGGUCCGGGUGGUCACAAGGCCAGGCUGCUCUCCCCACCCCACCCAAAAAAAAUAUCAAGUGGAGAAAUGACUCUGUUACUCUUUCUUCAUGACCCUAUUUUCUACUGUGCUUUCUCCACGGAUCUGCUGAGAGACAGGAGAUGCUGGUCCAUAGCCACGUGUGAUCUCCCCCCCGCCCCCCCAGUCUUACUCCCCCCACGCACCGGGCUCCCUCGCACGGAGUGUGCCCUUUGGAAGUCCGCAAGAUGGCCGCCACAGCCUUCGCAGUUUUAUCUGCCAGCAGACGCUUCACUCUUCCCACGACUCCUUCUGCUGCUAGACUGCUAUGCAGAAAAGACCAGCUGUGGAUCCCCCUUUGGAGAAGCACGUGCGAAGGCACCGGCUGAAUUUCCUUUUGCGUCAGGCGUGAGUAGGCGGAGCUUCAGGCAACACAGCGUCCCUGGGCACAGAACUGUUCCUUACCUAUAACUUUUUGUACAAUACUAAUUAAAACACAAAACGAAAUGAGUUUUUAUUUUAUAAGUCACGGGAGCCGUUGGGGUCGUCUCUGUAUUUUAGGUUAAAAAUGGCUUUAAGGCAUCUGAACUAAAGUUUGCCAAAUUAAUUUUGUAAAUAAUAGUGUUCAUUUUUCACCGGGACCUCUGUGCCAUAAAGUAGACAGGCCUCAGUUGUAGUUGUACCCAAGCAAUACAGUGAGUCUAUCGAUGGUUUACGCUGCUUGUGUGUUGUAAAAUCAUUCAUAACUGUUUGAUUUCUUAUGUCGUUGCGAAUUUAAGGGAGCGAUUCGAGUUCAUGAGCGCGCCUCCCUUAACACCCGAUUACUUUUACGCCUUGGCUUGACGGCAGACUUUCUGUGCGUUUUUAAGCUCUCCUUUGUCCUGCAUUUUAGACAUCCCAUAAUUUUAACUGUGAUCUUGAGAGAAAUCUCAAGGACGACAGGAGAGCCUUCAAAAGCCUGAAGUGUGCGUUUUUAAGGGUUAGUAAAGCAUCAUGUCCACAGAUCGCAGUGGGUGUUCGCAUUGACGCUCCCUUUAACGGCUUUUGUCAGAAUCAGUUUGGCAAAAACAUGUUCAUUCGAGCUCUGUUUCCCUGCAGUGCUCGCUCCAGUGUUAGGGCACUAAUAAAUGUGAGUUUUACAUUUUUAAA